AUGAUGAAAACAGGUGCAGACACUUACAAGAUUAUUGAAGAGUUUUGCUGUAGAAUGACUGGCACAUUGAAAGAAUGGUACCAUAAUCUUGGUCCAUUAAAACAAGAUGAACUACACAGAUUAGUAAAUACUGCUGCGGUCCUUGGAAUUCUCCACAAUGAAUUCAUCGGUGAUAUGGAGAUAUUUGACAGGAAAAACAGGCAAGAGUUCUUUGAGAUGAGAUGUUGUUCCCUUAAAGACAAAGAUCUUGAAAGACACUAUCAAAGAAUGACCCAGAGGUAUUAUGUCCUCAAUGGUUUCAAUGAUCAUACCCUAAAAAACAUAUAUAUCUCAUCACUGCCACAAGAACUCCAGCCAGAAAUUCAUAGGAUGAUAGCAGCUGCUCAGAAGGAUGUUAAAACCUUGAGCCUCGGCCAGAUACACCAGAUAGCAUUAGAAGCACUUGAAAAGCUUUGUAGAUUGCACCAGCAUUUCUCAGAAGUUAUGCAACAAAAAUCCAAGUUUAUCAAGGCAUGCAAGAAGCCUUACCUGGAAAUCAAGUGCAAAGAUAAAAUAUGUAGUUGUACAACAAGAAAGAAACAUCAUCGGCAAAAAUACACCAAACCUUCUGGGAGCUUCAAAAAGAAAGCUUUGAAGUUCUUCAAAAAGAAACCGUUUAGGGGGAAAAAGGAAAACCAAAGGUGUUUUGUCUGCGGAGAAAAAGGACAUUUUUCUAAGAGAUGUCCUAACAAGACCAGCAAAGCCGCCAAGCUGAUCAACUCCCUCCAACCUCUAGAAGGUGAUCUAGAAUCCUUGUAUUCAGAACAGAGCUCUGCCGAUGAAGAAACAAUUUUUGCUCUUCAAAACUCCUCCUCAGAUAACUCUUCUUCAGACGAAGCGACGUUCGCUGAAUCAGAAGACGAUGGAUGUUUUCCUAUUUACUCAUUCAAGGAAAUAGGAAGUACUUUACCUACUCCUCCUCUCCCUUGUGUGGAAAUUCAUAUCCUCGCCUCAAAAUUUUCUCAUCCCAAGAAAGUUAUAGCCUAUAUGGAUACCGGUGCACAAAUCACAAUGAUGAACCCAAGCAUUCUCCCUACAGAAGCAUGGGUGAAACAUGCUGCAUACUUUGUAGCAGCAGAUGGAAAGACGUUCAGGACAGAUUUGAUGACAAAAGAAAAAAUUGGAAUCAGAUUCUUCCCCGAAUGUAUAGUUUGGACGAAGGUCAUUGGUAGUAGCCUCCCAAACAAAGACAUUGUUGUGGGAAUGGAUGUUUAUUCAGCAGCAAAUAGGCUUCAAAUUCUCCCUACAGGAAUCAAAUUUAAGCGAGAAUUUAAACCUUAUUCAGGGAUCUUAAAGUUGUAUUCCCUUUCUGAAGUCAUUGGUAGUAGCCUCCCAAACAAAGACAUUGUUGUGGGAAUGGAUGUUUAUUCAGCAGCAAAUAGGCUUCAAAUUCUCCCUACAGGAAUCAAAUUUAAGCGAGAAUUUAAACCUUAUUCAGGGAUCUUAAAGUUGUAUUCCCUUUCUGAAGUUCCUGCUGGAUACGAAGAAAUCAAAUCCAAACUACUCAAACUCUGUGCAGACAGUCAUGGACAAUUCUCUCAUCCAAACCCUCUAUGGACAAACAAAGACUUUUUUGUCCAACUUCCCUUCAAGCUUAAUGAAGAUAUCAAUCCAACCAAAGCCACUCAUCCAGGAAUGAGUCCCUCAGAUUUAGCUUUGGCCAGGGAAGAAUGCAAUCAGCUGCUCCAACAAGGACUGAUAGAACCCACAAAAUCCGAAUGGGCUUGCCAAGCAUUUUAUGUGGAAAAGAGAUCUGAAAAAAUAAGGGGAAAAAAGAGGUUGGUCAUUGAUUAUAAACCUCUUAACCAUUUCCUAAAAGAUGACAAAUUUCCCAUCCCUAAAACCUCUUCACUAAACACCUUCCUCAAAGAUGCUCAGGUCUAUUCAAAGUUUGAUAUGAAGUCGGGAUUCUGGCAAUUGGGCAUUGAUCCAAAUGAUCGUUACAAAACGGCGUUCUGCAUUCCCAAUGCCCAAUACCAAUGGACAGUAUUGCCAUUUGGGCUUAAGGUAGCUCCCUCGCUAUUUCAAAAGGCCAUGACUAGAAUUUUUGAGCCCAUUAUCGAUAGUAUUCUUAUUUACAUCGAUGAUGUGUUGUUAUUUUCAAAAGAUGAAAAGGCUCAUAAACAGUUAUUGGGUCAAUUUGUCCAAAUAGCCCAAAACCAUGGGAUAAUGUUAUCCGAAAAGAAGAGCCAGAUAGCCCAGACGGAGAUCGAUUUUUUGGGGAUGCAUUUCUCUCAGGGAAAAUAUCAACCACAGCCUCACAUAGCCCAAGAACUGUUAAAUUUUCCAGAUGAAAACCUCACGGUCAAACAAAUCCAGCAAUUUCUCGGGAUAAUUAAUUAUAUCCGAAAUUUCAUCCCAAAGUUGGCUAGAUACACGAGUCCACUAUCACAGUUGCUUAAGAAGAAUCCUCCGCCAUGGGAACCGAAGCACACUGAAGCUGUAAAAACCUUGAAAAGGAUUGCCCAGACUCCACCUGCCCUGAAAAUUCCUGGAAAUGGGAAAAGAAUUUUACAAACUGAUGCCAGUGAUCAUUAUUGGGGCGCAAUUUUGAUAGAGGAGAUCAAUGGAAGUUCUGUUCUUGUAGAGUAG